UCCAAUCAUGCUCGCCAAACCCGUGUUCGACCUCAUGAAGUUUUAUCAGAUUGUGCGUCUUCUGUUCCCUUGCACCCCUGGAAAGCCCUGACAAUGCUGAUAGCUUGCUGCUCGUCUAUGCUAGUGCAAAUCAUAAAAGACGUGCGCACUGUAUUUGAAUUCUGGGUGCAGUGGUGCGUGCUGCGCAAGGCCGUCAACACCGAGUUACAAGGUUGACGUCGAUGCCACCGAAGCAAUCUUCCCAGAGCUCACCUCCAUGCGUGUGUCUCUCGAUCCCCUCUCCCCCUCCUCAGAUAUCAUUACGCUGACAUAUUGUGGUGUCGCCGAACGUGAAUACCGACAUUUGCUCUCUUCAAGACCAGCCGCAAAUUCAAGUCCCGAGCCCUUGCCGGCAUAAACCCCCUCUCUAUGCAGGCAUGUGCCCGCCUAACCAUCAUCGAGUGGGUACCAACAACCAUACGCCGCUAAGCGCAUGUAUGCUGAUGCUCGAGGUAGCCUGUCGUCACCAUUCAUGGACAGAUCAUCUACCUGCGGUUUCUUCGGCCUCAUUCUAGGCCUGUUUGUCGAGGCCGACGUGAAAGUGUCUGGCAAGGUUGUCGGUAAGCCGCCACCACCCAUUUCCUCAUUCGUCCUUGACGCGCCACUCCACCAGUCUUUAAACGAGGCGUACAAGGUAAACGAUCCCAUAGAACUACUUCGAAAGAGUGUUCCGCUGACCGCUCCCAGUACCUAGUUUGUCGCAUCGUCGCGCCUGAAGGACUCGCUGCUGAUGAUCAUCCGCCAGUACCGCCAUCUGGGCAUGCGCGUGCUCGUCUCGACGCAGGAGCCGACGGUCGUGCCGGCCAAGCUGCUCGCGCUCUGCUCGUUCAUCGUCGCGCACCGCUUUCAGUCGCCCGGCUGGCUGCGUGCGCUGAUGCGACACGUCACGGUGCCCGAGCUCAGCCUCGACGCGCUCUUCGCCAAGGUGCGUGCCUGCUGCUUUGUUCUUUCCCCUUUGUUUCUGGUGGAAGAGUUUAGUGGACGGUGACUGAUGUGCGUCGCCGGCAGGUCGUCGCGUUGCAGACCGGCGAGGCGGUCAUAUUCUCGGCAAGCGGGAUCAGCGUUCGCGGAGGAAGAAUCGGGGCGUGGUGCGGGCACUAUCGCACAGCUUGGCGCAGGGUACCUCAUCCUGCAGUCUCGGCUGCGGGUCACCCAGGACAGCGGCCAGUCCAUCCUUGCAGUGCCUCUUCUGUACUGUAGCUAGUAUUUUGAAUGGUAAAUUAUCGCUGACAGCUGCGAGUACGAGUGGGAGGAUUACAAUAUGAGCAUGGAGUUUCCCAGUAAAUAUGACUGGGUUUAUCGGUCG